AUGAUCGUGCGGCCAAAAGAGCUUACCUGUGGCGAUCCACUGAGAAACGGCCGGCUGGAAGGCCCAGAUGGCUCUAGGAGAAGCUCUACAAAGCUAGCAGGGGCGGGAAUAGUAAUCCCGAAACUAGGAGAAAAGGUGUCAAUACCACUAGGGAGAUACACUAGCGUGUUCCAAGCAGAGGUAUGUGCCAUAGCGCGCUGUGCACGUAUAUUAAAAGAAAGCGACAAACAAGAUGGAGCCGUGGUAAUAUACACCGACAGUCAAGCGGCACUAAAGGCUCUGAAGAGAAUAUCGGUGACCUCGUCACUGGUGAGAGAAUGCAGGGAAGAGCUCAACUCGAUAGUGGAGUCGCCGAGGAGUGUCUCCAACAGCGCCUUUAGAGUUGUCACACCAAAGGGAAUCCUAGCGAGCGAGGCACUUCGGAACAGCCUCGGACAAAACACCUGGUCUCCAGUUCCUCGGCCGGAGCCGAGAGCGUCUCCUCCUCACCAUGACGUUUAUCCUGUGAGAGAGGAAAUCAAAUUCGGCAUCAACCGUCUGGUCAGCGAGAAAACCGACGAGGAAGAAGAUGAGCAACACACCGAAAUCCCCAGACCCGAGGACAUUUCCCCCAACUCCCGCUGCGGCAGCUCAUGCUGGCCCCCGUCUCCGCAAUCCCCUCGAUCAGUCCGCUCAAGUUCCCCUGAACUCGAAGUGGAUUCCCCUCCUUCAUCCCCAAGAAGACCUCCGGACUCUUCGCCACCUCCGAGGAGAUCAGAAUCAUUUUCUGUCAGCGCUCUCUUGAGACCUGAUGCACCUCGAGUGCAGCCGCAGCGGCCUUUCUUAUAUCCUCACCUGCCUUUCGCGGAGUUUCUUCGAGACGCUGGGAGUUUGGGUAUACCUUGGGGAGGUUACAGCAACCUGUACCUCCACGCAGUGCAGGCCGCUGGUCCGGAGUUCCUUCGGCUCCGAGCGGCGGUGCUUGGAGCUCCUGGACCUUUGUCACGACCUCUGCCGAUUGGGGACGUGUACUCGUGUGUGAAGUGUGAGAAGAUGUUCAGCACCCCACACGGAUUGGAAGUGCAUGCGAGACGAUCGCAUAAUGGCAAAAGGCCGUUUGCUUGCGAGAUGUGCAGUAAAACGUUCGGACACGAGAUCAGUCUUAGUCAACACAGGGCUGUCCACAGCGUGGAGAAGGUGUUCGAAUGCAAGCAAUGCGGGAAGACCUUCAAGCGGUCCAGCACGCUGUCGACCCACCUGCUCAUCCACUCGGACACCAGACCCUACCCUUGCCAGUACUGCGGGAAACGGUUCCACCAGAAGUCUGAUAUGAAGAAACACACUUACAUACAUACUGGCGAGAAGCCGCACAAAUGCCAAGUGUGCGGCAAAGCGUUCAGCCAGAGCUCGAACCUUAUCACCCACUCCCGCAAACACACCGGCUUCAAGCCGUUUGCGUGUGAACUUUGCGGGCGAGCGUUCCAGAGGAAGGUCGACUUGCGGAGACAUAGGGAGACGCAACACGCUGACUUACGACACGUGCCGCAUACUGAUGUGCAUGGGAUGCAUGCGGAGAUGAUGCCGGAGCAUAGAAUAGACCUCCACCCCCCGCACCCCGAAAUGCGGCAGCACCCCGACUUCAGACCGCCACAUGCGCCCGCGCCGCUCCAGCCGCUCGCCUCCUGAACGGCGCCCGCCUUCGCGCCGCCCAGCUGGCGCUGAGGCAACGAGACCCUGCUUGCAGAGAGUAUAAAAUAGAACAGUGAUGUAGACUAUACUAUUCCAGUAUCUCCGCGAAUUCAACCUUGUCGCAGCCAAUUGCGCUGAGGCUAUCGAUACCCUACAAGGAGUCUAAAAUUAGAACAACUGUUAUGUAGACUCUUCGAGUUCCAUUUUUUCAAAUAGCGCCACUCAUUGUUGACGCAUUUAAGUAAUCGGACACUGUGACAAAGCGUCCAAACUGCUACAAAAGUGAUCACUACUGAAGUAUAUUCACGUCUGAUAGACAAUCGUGACAAUGUAGCAGUCUGAAUUAGAUGAACAGUGAUUCUAUCUUUUUGAUCCCGUGUUGGCCUAUACUAUUACAUUACACCUAACGUAUUUUAUGUUACAAAAAUAUUUGACGCUUACUCCGUAAGUUUAAAAUGAAGAAUUUCCAAAGAUUACCAAAAUGUAAUAAUGAAAAUUGACAAAUUACUUACUACUUACCUACACGCUACGGUAGCCCAAAGAUUAUUUUAAGGCAUUAUUCUAAGUUAUUAGUUGAGGCCAGUUUAAUGUACAAACUCUCAUAUUUGAACUGUGCUUAUUUAUAUAUAAUUUUAUUUAGAUUAAACUAGAUUAUGUUUUAAAUAAAAGACGACUUUUUCAAAAAGUCUCCCGUCUCUAUGAUGUUCUUAACUAAAAGGUACCACAUUGUCGCUUACCAUAUGGACGUAAUAUGCGAAUUCUUUAUACGAAUAACAUAAAACUCCCGUGAGACUAAUACAUAUUGGAUCGAAACAUGUCGAACGCUAUAUCGACUUAAUACGUGAGUAACCCGCUUAAAAUAUUUUUAAUACGAAUAACAUGUUAGAGCGACCUUAUGCUUAAGCGUCAAUAUUGUAUCUUUUGCUAGGGAAAAGCACAAAUUUUGAAUGAUUCACGGUUAGUUUCAUUAGAUUUAUAUUGACCGGGAUAUAGACCAUGUUACACUGUGUGUGUUUGGACAGGCCAAGGAGUGUGAAUGCGACCAGUGGUAACGUUGUGCGAACGCAGCCGGCGCGCGCGAAUGAGGGUAGAUCGCGCGCUGUCUACUCAACUUUGACAUCCACCCGCCAUCUUUAGUUUUCCGUGAUCAUGAUGCAUGUAACGAAAUAUCAGGGGCCCAUUUCUCAAAACUGAAAGUUACAAGUUACAAACUCGACAAAAAUCCAAAAGGUAAUCACGUGUUUUUUUUUUUUAAUAAAUGGGCUUACUCUUGACCACAGACUAGCCAAAGGCAAAGACGUGGCCUACGAUGGAGUGAGCUCGCCCAGAAGAUGCCUGUUCACUCUUGAUUUGAAGGUUGCCGGGUUAUAUGAGCUCGGAAAUAUAGCCGCCCCCGGUCAAUUUAGGUCAAAAAGCACAAAAUAUGUUAAAACUGCUAGGUAUUUAAUAAUAUUUAGCAGAUUUUAGGAUAAAAUUAUAUACAUUGUGAAGGCUUCGUGCAUGUGAGUUUUUGAUCUCCUUUUAAUUAAUAUUGUAAAACGCUAAACUUUGUAAGUAGACUGAUAAUGUCAUUCCAAAUAUUUUGAGAAUGUUGUUUUGAAUAUUGACUUAGUUUUAAAUUUAUUCCGAAGAAGUCAUUCCAGUUGAGAUUUUUGCUUAUCACAAAGUUAUUGUUGUUUUUACCGAUUACAAAUAAAAUAAUUUACUAAAAUGGAUACUCAUAAAUUUCCAAUGUUAAGUCUUACUUCAUUCAUAUUAUGCAUGAUUUUCAGACCUUAAGUGUAGUAAUG